GCGAUCGUGAUCGGACUUGGAAUGAUAGGACUUGUCUACCCCCACCAUGGCGUCCCAGAUUCUGCCUCUUGAGCUUAUUGAUAGGUGUAUUGGCUCAAGAAUAUGGGUCAUUAUGAAGACUGAGCGUGAAUUCACCGGUACAUUGACUGGUUUCGAUGAUUUCGUUAAUAUGGUUCUAGAGGAUGUAACUGAAUUUGAGAUCACUCCUGAGGGAACGAAGAAAACAAAACUCGCGCAAACGCUUCUCAAUGGAAACAAUAUAUGCAUGUUGAUUCCUGGAAGCAAUGGUCCCGACGAUGCAUGAUGGAAGUGUGCGACCCUCGCCCUCUUUUCUUCAGACAGACUGCAAGUCUUCACCAAUCAUGUCAAAUAGAUAUCCCGUCUCUAUCAAACUGGAACUGCAAACCCAGUUCUGGUAGGUCACGACGAGCAAGCUUUGGAUUUGACUACUGUUUCGUCAGAUGCUGUUGUCUGUCAUCCUAUUCUGCAUGUAUUGUACUGUUUCACUAGGUUUCACUCAUCCAAAUGAUUACUCGCUUUUGCUCUCGU